AUGGCUCAAAAUCACAGCGGCCUUCAAAAUAGUACAGUUAUUCCACAGAGCUCAAUAAUUCACAAUGGUACAGUUAAUCAAGAACAUCCACUGUGGAACAUCCACUCAAAGGGUUUCAACAGCACUGGCAAUCCACUUUCUGCAGGGCCAUUGCCUGCCAUGGAACUCUCCAGCCAGGCUGGGUAUGAAUCAGAUGACCAAAAUAUCUGCAAGUCAUCUGACAAGGUAGCAUGGGAUGUUGGUCAAGUCGCACACGGAUACAGAAAAGCCCCUGCUUUGAGCACAACACCAGAAUCAGAAGCUGCUUGGGCUCCCUCUGUAUCCGAAGAAGAGGAUGAUAAGGAAGAAGACAACCAAGCUCCAGCUGUUUUUCAAGCAGAACCUGAGCUUCCAGAACCAUCACAGGUCUAUGCAUCCUCUGGAAUAGUGGGUGACAUUUCACCAGGAUCCUCUCAAAAAGGCAUUCCCACACCUGAGACCUCCAGCAUGUGCCAGGAGCAAAACUGGAAAGAGGAGCAGAGGGAGUUUCUGGGGAAACUAAGGAGCAUUGUGAGUGUGGGAAACCCUGUGACACAAUAUGUUGGACUGGAAAGAAUUGGAAAAGGGGGUUUCGGAACGGUCUAUACAGCGACCGAUACUGCCACAGGAGGAAAGGUGGCCAUAAAGCAAGUGAGUCUUGGAAAACAGCCCGAAAAGGAACUAAUUGUCAAUGAACUCCUAGUUGUAAGGGACAAUAAGCACCCCAAUAUCAUUAACUAUUUAGACAGCUACCUUGUUAAGGAUAAACUCUGGAUAAUUAUGGAGUACAUGGAUGGAGGACCUUUAAGCAGUGUCAUCAAAGAAGUCCUGAUGGGUGAAGGAGAGAUGGCAGCUGUCUGCCGAGAGUGCCUGCAAGCACUAGAAUGUCUUCACUCAAACCAUGUGAUUCACAGAGAUGUAAAAAGUGAAAACAUUCUUCUUGGAAUGGAUGGAUCUGUCAAACUGGCCGAUUUUGGCCUCUGUGCUCAGAUGACUUCUGAGCACAACAAGUGGAGUUCCAUGGUUGGGACAGCUCACUGGAUGGCACCAGAAUAUCUGACCAAGGAUGCCUAUGGGACCAAAGUAGAUAUUUGGUCCCUUGGCAUUGUGGUGAUUGAAAUGCUGCAAGGAGUGCCACCCUACUCCAGUGAAGUUCCGCUCAAGGCCAUGGAUCUCAUAGCUAAGAGAGGGCUCCCGAAGCUGGAGAACACUGAGCAACUGUCUGCUGAGUUCCAGGACUUUCUGAACUGCUGCUUGCAGACUGAUGAGGAGGCUCGAUGGUCUGCUGAGCAGCUUCUGCAGCAUCCGUUUUUACGCUCAGCCAAGCCUCUCUCCAGCCUCACCCCUCUGAUCGUGGCAGCAAGACAGAUCAGGGAGGACAGGAGACUCGAGGGUGACGAAACCGCUCGGUCCAGUGUCAGCGAUGGCUGGUUAUCAGAAUAAAAUAGUUCAAAAUUAAAAGUUCAGAAUAAAAACUGUUUAAAACCUCAAUUCAGUUGGAAGAUAGCCUUCACUCUCACCCUGUGAUGAAGCUGUACAUUCCCUUUUUAAUUGUCACUUGUUUCUUAAAGAUGCAAAGUCCCAUUGA